AUUUGAGAUCCAACAUGGCUGCUGACAUGAAGCUGCUUCGGCGUCGUGAGAAGUAGCUUCAAACCCACAAACUGUAUAUUUCCGUGAGGAAAUUCAGUUCCAAUGGAUGCAAAACAGAUCACCCAUUAUGCUGUCCAGAUCCACAAACUGACUACUAAGAGAAACUAUGGGACCAUGAUGACUGUCCUUGGAGAUCUGGAUAAGUCGUGUGUCACAUCAGAGCAGAUGGAAAUGACUGACAUUGUCAAGGUUCUCUACAGGCUCCUGAGAACCUGCCCUGAUGACGCUGUGAAGAAGACAGUCAAGCAUUUGUUAGCCAAGUGGAAGAGACAGUACAGCAAUCGUCCCCGUGUUGGGAAAUACCUUGAGGGUUGUGAGGAUUCUGCUGUCUCUACCAGGAAUUUAUUUGGAGGUGAUGAUGCUGAGGACAAUACGUUGUCCGCUCAGGAGGACUCUGCGUCCGCACAGACCCUGACGUGCGGUGCUGAGGGUCAAUGUGUUCAAGCUUCUACAGUGGAACAAGCCACAUAUGGCCUAAAGUCCAAAUCACAGGACUGCACAUCAAAUAAUUCCACCAACAACACGUCUACAUCUUCUGAUUUCUCAUCUGUAAGGGACAAAUGUGUCCAGCUCCUCCUCGUUGCCCUCCGUCCUGAACAAUCUAAUGAGAACAAAGCUGCAGAGCUCGCCACAGAGGUUGAACACCACAUCCACGAGUUCCACAGAGCCAGCCCCGUCAAGUACAAAGCCUGUGUCCGCAGCAAGGUGGCCAACCUCAAGAACCCUAAAAGCGACCACCUCCGUCAUGGUCUCCUGAGCGGCUCGCUGUCACCUCAGGCCUUCGCCCGGAUGUCAUCAGAAGAGAUGGCCAGCGUGGAGCUCCGCCAGCUGAGGGAGGAGUACACAUCUCAUGGGGUGCACGAGCAUCAGCUGCCACAGGGUGUGGAGGGCACGCUGACUAACAGGAUACACUGCAAACGGUGCAGUGGGUCAGACUGUAGGGUGACACAGGUGUCUCGAGGCGCACUCUUCUUGCCUGCAUGGGUGCGGCGAGGUGGCCCAGAUGAAGAUGCAAUGACUUUUGUGACCUGCGGUGCAUGUGGGCAGCAGUGGUACCACAGCGGCUGGAUCUGCCUCUAAAGGCAUGUUUGGGUGAGCGGUUCAGACGUCAAAGUAAUUUUUC